GGGCAACGUCUACAUCGCUUGACCCACAGGUUACUUGUUAGCUUGUUAGCGUUGUACCGGACCGGUUCUGCGUUAUUUUCCAGCACACAGCAGCCGCCGGGGAGCUGAGCAGCUGCAGCAGCAGCCGGGAAGCCUCGAGGAAACGCGUCAAGGUCCGGAAGUUAGCUGCUGUUCGUGGCAUCAUGGCGAGCCAGAGGCCGCCCUCCAGCGUCGGUAGGCCGAUGAGCCGGAGUGGAUCCGCUGCUCCUGGUGCCGGGAGACCCCCGACAGCCGUGCGACCUCCUCCCACCGCCAUCCGAGUACCGACAGGGAUGGUUCCGGGUACCGGUGGGCAUCCCGCUAUGAGGGGGAGCAUCCCCUCUCCUGGAGUCCUGUCAGCACCCAUCAAAGUGACUGACAGGCCCGUCACCCAGCAGGGGCUCAGCGGGAUGAAGACCGGCAUGAAAGGGCCUCAGAGACAGAUUCUGGAUAAGUCCUACUACCUGGGUCUUCUCAGGAGUAAAAUCAACGAGCUGACCACUGAGACCAGCAAACUGCACAAGGAGAUCGAAAACUACAACCAGGAGAACUCCGUCUACCUCUCCUAUGAGAAAAGAGCGGAGGGCCUGGCUGCAGAGAUUAAGGACCUGCAGGGCCAGCUCGCUGACUACAACAUGCUGGUGGACAAGCUCAACACCAACACGGAGAUGGAGGAGAUGAUCAACGACUACAACAUGCUGAAGGCGCAGAACGACAUCGAGGCACAAAGCAUCGACAGCAUCUUCACAGAGAGGAGAGAACGAGAGGAGGUGAUCAGGGCCAUGGAGGAGGAGAUCAGACGGGAGAGGCAGGUGGCCAACGAGGUCGUCCAGGCCAUGCCUUCAGCCAAGCGGGACAAUUAUUUCUCCAUGACAACGGCCAACGAAGACCUGCUACAGGAGCUGGCCGUGCUGCAGGAAGAGCUGGACAUUCUGGUGACCAGGAAGGAGGACUACGAAGCGGAGCUGUCCCACUCCCAGGUGAAGCAGGAGAUGGUGCGGCUUCAUGAGACGCUCUCGGCACUGAAGGGGAAGCGCGACGCUAUGGAGGCUGAGCACAAGAGCCUGGGCUCCCCUCAGGAGGAGAGGGAGAAGUUGCUCAAGCAGGUGAAGGAGGACAACCAGGAAAUAGCCAGCAUGGAGAGACAGCUGACUGAGAUCAGGGACAGGAGGAGACAAAUCACAGAGGACAUCCAGAACCUGGAGCAGGACUCUGCGGCAGCUCAGGGGGAGUGCCAGCAGAAGUACAAGGAGCUGCGGAGGAAGGAGGAGGAGAUAGACCGCUUCCUGGAGUCCUUCGAUGAGUCCAGAGCUGAGGAGGUGGAGAGGCUGACCCAGUGCCAGGAGAACAUCGUCUCUCUCCUGGAGCACUGCAGCAGGAACAUGCUGAGGCUUCGCCACGUGGACACGGUGACAGCCAGCGAGCUGAGGAACAUGCAGGAAGUGCUGGUCAGCAAAGAGACGGAGGUGGUCCAAUCAGAGAGCACCGCCAAGGGACUGACUACAGAGUCCCGGCGCCUGCAGCUGGACCUGGAGAAGGUGCAGCAGCUGGAGGGGAAGAUCACCGGGGAGCUGAGCGCCCUGAAGGAGCAGCUGGCCACCAUGGAGUCCGAGCUGCUCACCUACAGAGACCUGGACACCCUGAGGCAGGCGGCCGAGGACAAGAGGAAGAGGCUCCAGGAGGAGCGGCUGGCUCUGACCCGGCGCCGGGAGUCGUUCGGCCAGCUGCUGGACGAGCUGAACCGGAACCACGAAGCGCUCAAGGCCAAGCUGCAGGAGAACGAGACGCACGCUCAGCUGACUAACCUGGAGAGGAAAUGGCAGCACUUGGAGCAGAACAACUUUGUGAUGAAAGAGUUCAUCGCCUCCAAGACCCAGGAGAGCGACUACGCGUCUGUCGCUAAGGUGGUCUCCCAGCAGGUGGCCGAGUACAACCAGAGCCUCAUAGAGUCGCUGCAGAACAAGCGGCCCUGACCCGUGGGGGGCCCACGGACCCUCGCUACCAGCUCGCUCUCCUUCCCUGGAGCUCGGUAGGCCAGUAAAACGGACACUAGUUUGCAGCAGCUGCGUCCAGCUGUCGCUCUUGUUUCCCACCAACAAAUGUUCCCAGAAGCUUGCUGGGAUCUGAAGUCCUAAAGAUCUUCUGAAUGUUCAGAAUGAGUUCAUCACCUCUGAUUGGUCAGAGCGUCUGUGUGACAUAAAUAAGUGUCUAGAAAUGUAAACUGCUUUAUAUCUGAACUCCACGUUCACUGCUUAAAUGUUGCAACAAUAAACUCAGUCUUUCAGAAAACUUC